AUGGCACAUCUCCCUGAGUCUUCCACCUCCAUUGAGGUCUUUGCUCUCUUAACAGGAAAGCUUUAUCUUCCCGAUCGCUGGCUGUUCGAAGAUGGUGACGAGGACAUACGUGCAGCACGUCAACACUCUCCCGACUACAGUUUCCUCAUUCGGCACCCGUCCGGAAAGAAUGUUCUUUUCGAUCUAGGCAUGCGAAAGGAUCUUGAAAACUACCCCCCGAUUAUUGUCGAUGAGUAUCCAUACAUCAGCCCGGAUAUACCCAUGGAUGCAGCCGAUAUCCUCAAUUCCGGCCCCCAUUCCGCGGAUAGUAUCUCUGCUAUUGUGCUCUCACAUCUGCACUUCGAUCACAUAGGGGACUGCAACAAAUUUCCUCACGCUUCUGUCAUUGUUGGUCCAGGAAGUCGGGCCGCCACAACGCCAGGGUUUCCCAGUGACCCGAGAUCCCCGUUUCUUGGUUCGGUCCUUGAGCAUCCUGGAUUCCUAGAACUCAGUCUUGAGUCAGAGAAAUGGGUACCGAUCGGUCCAUUCCCCCGCGCCUACGACUACUUUGGUGAUGGAAGCUUCUAUAUACUCGAUACGCCCGGCCAUAUGCCGGGUCACUUAAGUGGCCUUGCGCAGACUGGGCCGCAAGAGUGGGUCUUUAUGGGAGGAGACUGCUGUCAUCACCGUGACCUCCUCUCGGGGAAGAGGCCUGUGAGCGUUACGGUAGGACCUAACGGAACAAAGAGCUUCCACAAAGACCCACAGACCGCCAUUAACACAAUGGACUUGGUAAGAGAACUGGAGGCAGAUGGAAGGGUGUUUGUGGCGUUGGCCCAUGACGCCACAUUGGAAAGAGGGAUGCCACUGUACCCGGAAAGGUUGAAUGGGUGGAAGAAAAGCCAGUGGCACAAACAAAUGAGUGAGCUCAUUGCACAAAUGUACGAAUGCUAG